CUUCCCAGUUCCCCCGCCUGCCGCCGCCUCGUGCUCUCGUGCUCGCGCGACCGGAUGGAGGAUAUUCGGACGACGACUCCACCGCGCCAACCGACCCCUCUCGCCUCUCUCGGUCUCUCCUCCGACUCACCCCGCGCCCGCGGCGAGAAAUAAAAGAGAAAUCCCCCGACGACCCCGACGCGCCACCCGCAAAUCUCGCUCUCCCCGCUGCCCGCCCGCCCGCACCCCACCCCUCGCUCGCGCGCCGCGGCGCCCGCGCGAUCCGAUGGCCCCCGCCGCCGCAGCAGCAGAAGCAGCGGGGCCCUCGCCUCGCCGGCGCCUCGCGGCGGCCGUCCUCGCGCUCGCGCUCGCGCUCGCCUGUGUCCUCGCGCAGGCGGCCGCCAGGCCCGACAAGGAGACGCGGGAGAAGUUCUACGGGACGCUCGUCGCCAACGGCACACACAACGCCUCCGGGGACGGCAGCAUCGCCGAGAUGUUCGGCCGCGUGCUCGACAAGGAGUUCUCCGACAGCGACACGCCCGACGCUCCCGACAAGAGUAGCUUCAACAACAGCGUGUCAGAUCAUCAAGCUGUUCUGGAGACUGUAGCUGUCAUUACACAUGACAAGAAGAAGAAUGAUUCACAACAUACUAAUUCCCCAAAACCUUUCCAAAUAGGUGACAUGUUUGGAGGCCAAGAUGAAACCUCCGAUGACUUGGAAACUGUGAUUGAUAAAGAGGAUAAUGUUUUUGUGAUGUCAAAUCGUAAAACAAAGUAUCCAACUCUUCAGCUAGAUUUACGAUUGAUUAAAGAUCUGGUAAUUAUAAUCGUUUCAGCUACUGGUGGUGGUAUCAUGUUCUCUUUUAUGGGGCAGCCGGUUAUCGUUGGCUACCUGCUUGCUGGUUCUCUAGUUGGACCUGGGGGUUUGAACUUUAUCAAUGAAAUGGUGCAGGUGGAGACUUUUGCUCAAUUUGGUGUAGUGUUUCUUCUUUUUGCUCUUGGUCUCGAGUUUUCACUGACUAAGUUGAAAGUCGUUGGUCCUGUUGCUGUACUUGGAGGUCUGCUUCAGAUUGUUCUGUUCAUGUUCUUGUGUGGCCUCACUGCAGCGUUGUGUGGUGCUAAAUCAUCUGAAGGAGUGUUUGUUGGUGCCUUCUUGUCUAUGUCAUCUACUGCAGUGGUUUCGAAGUUUUUAGUGGAAAAAGGUAGUACAAACACGCUUCAUGGUCAAGUUACAAUUGGGACGCUAAUACUUCAGGAUUGUGCAGUUGGCCUGCUGUUUGCACUCCUUCCUGUUCUUGGAGGUGCUAGUGGCAUUUUUGGAGGAGUGAUGUCAAUGGCGAAACUGUUGCUAGUGCUAUCCGUAUUUGUAGCUGUUACAUAUAUGAUGACAUGGUCAAUUGUUCCUCGAUUCUUAAAACUGAUGAUUCAGUUAUCUUCACAGACAAAUGAACUCUACCAAUUGGCCUCCGUUGCAUUUUGCUUGCUUCUAGCCUGGUGCAGUGACUAUUGUGGAUUGAGUCUUGAGUUGGGGUCAUUUCUUGCUGGUGUUAUGAUAUCAACCACAGAUUUUGCUCAUCAUACUAUGGAGCAGGUUGAAGCCAUUCGCAAUCUAUUUGCAGCACUCUUCCUUGCAAGCAUUGGAAUGCUCAUACAUGUUAAGUUCUUGUGGAAUCAUGUUGACAUAUUACUUGCAGCUGUUAUACUGGUUAUAAUAGUAAAGAGUAUUGUCGUAGCUAUUGUUGUAAAGGCAUUUGGAUACAGCAUGAGGACCGCUUUUGUUGUUGGGCUGUCCUUGGCUCAGAUAGGAGAGUUUGCUUUUGUGCUUUUGAGCCGGGCCUCCCAUCUCCAUCUUGUUGGGGGGAAAAUGUAUCUAUUAUUACUGGGAACAACUGCCCUUAGCUUGGUAACAACUCCUCUCAUUUUCAAACUAAUUCCUGUGGUAAUGCACCUUGGCAUCCUUAUGCGUUGGUUCCCCUCGGAAAACAGUAUGCAGAGUGAGGAAAAGGCGGUUAUGCUUGAAGCCCACAACAGAUCACUCUAACAUUGCCUAGCCACAACAUUCUUUUGACUGACGGUGAUUUAUUUGUGCAUCGACUCUUUGCGCAUGCCAUGGAAACAUUGGAGAAACAAUUACACACCAGUACUCCCUUUUUGCGGCGAUAUGGGAACACGAUGGGAUGGACAGAGUUAACAGCUUGGCCAGCCUUGGGGCUCUCCGUAUAGCAUUCUUUUUUAUUGCGCUUUUGAGUUGUACAUAUAGGGGAUACUGUACAUGUCGUCAAGGUAGCAUACAGGGGGAAGGCGCCGAUGGGCCUUGGUUUUGUAUCAUUGUUGCCAACUCGAUCAGUCGACAGUCUAGAAAGCUAGAUAGGGAUUUUUGGUACCUCGUGCUCAAAUGUACACUUAUUGUCAGAAGACGAUGGGAAAGUUGUAUGUUAUGUAUUUGUUAUGCCCUUGUGACGACUAAUUGACCAUGGACACAUGAAUGGUAACGUGUUCACCGUA